CUCGCCACUCCAGUAGUGUCACUAGUCAUGGAGUCAUGGACGUUACUGUUGGUCGCGUCCGUGGUCCUCGGGGCGACCGAGGCGGAGGUGUUCACCAACUCCUUCCUGGUGAGACUCCACGGCGACCUCGGGGCGGAGACGGCCGACCGCGUGGCCUCCAGGACAGGCUUCGUCAACCGAGGACCGGUGUUGGGGUCCAAGAGUGAGUUCCACUUCGCACACGCUGCUCUGCCUCACGCCCGCAGCAAGCGCAGCAUUCCCCAUACACGACGUCUGAAGGUCGACCCCCUGGUUCACUCAGCCGUCCAGAUGACCGGGUUCAAGAGGGUAAAGCGAGGUUAUAACCCUCUCAAGGUGGAGAACCUCGUACCCUACAUGAGACCCCAGCGAGACCCCACAGACCCGUACUUUCCCUUCCAAUGGUACUUGAAGAACACGGGACAGAACGGAGGCAAGGCCAAGUUGGACCUGAACGUGGAGGCUGCCUGGGCCCAGGGAGUCACCGGCAAGAACGUCACUACCGCCAUCAUGGAUGACGGUGUGGACUAUAUGCACCCGGACUUGAAACACAACUAUAAUGCUCGAGCCAGCUACGACUUCAGCAGCAAUGAUCCCUACCCCUACCCACGGUACACGGACGAUUGGUUCAACAGCCACGGCACCAGAUGUGCGGGCGAGGUGGCGGCGGCGCGGGACAACGGCGUCUGUGGCGUCGGCGUCGCCUACGAGUCUAAAAUUGCAGGCAUUCGCAUGCUGGACCAGCCAUACAUGACUGAUCUGAUAGAGGCCAACUCGAUGGGACACGAGCCCAACCUCAUAGACAUCUACAGCGCCUCAUGGGGCCCCACAGACGACGGCAAGACCGUGGAUGGGCCUAGGAACGCCACCAUGAGGGCCAUCGUCCGAGGAGUCAAUGAGGGCAGGAACGGGCUAGGUAACAUCUAUGUGUGGGCCAGUGGUGACGGAGGUGAGGAUGACGACUGUAACUGUGACGGAUACGCAGCUAGAAUGUUGACCGUUACUAUCAACUUGUGCAUUAUGCUGUUACAGGGCAGGAACGGGCUAGGUAACAUCUACGUGUGGGCCAGUGGUGACGGAGGUGAGGAUGACGACUGUAACUGUGACGGAUACGCAGCUAGCAUGUGGACGGUUUCCAUCAACUCCGCAAUCAACGAUGGACAGAACGCUCAUUACGAUGAAAGCUGUUCUUCGACUCUUGCAUCUACCUUCAGCAACGGUGCCAAAGACCCGAAUACUGGAGUGGCUACGACAGACCUGUAUGGGAAGUGCACAACCACACACUCCGGAACUUCCGCAGCAGCACCGGAAGCCGCCGGUGUGUUCGCUCUGGCCCUAGAAGCUAACACACAGUUGACUUGGCGAGACAUUCAGCAUCUGACCGUGUUGACCUCCAAACGGAACUCACUGUUUGAUGCCAAGGGAAGGUUCCACUGGACAAUGAAUGGCGUUGGUCUAGAGUUCAACCACUUGUUCGGCUUUGGAGUGUUGGACGCCGGAGCGAUGGUGGCUCUUGCUAAACAGUGGAAGACUGUUCCUGCCAGAUAUCACUGCGAGGGAGGAAAAGUCAUUGAGACCAAAAUGAUACCGAGCAGCAGAUCCGUGUACCUCAAGAUCACGACCAACGCUUGCCAAGGGACGGACACUCAGGUCAGCUACUUGGAGCAUGUGCAGGCAGUCAUCACUCUGAACGCUACUAGGAGAGGAGACGUGGAACUAUUCCUUACAUCCCCUAUGGGCACAAGGUCUAUGAUUCUCAGCAAGCGAGUGAACGACGAUGACCGACGUGACGGCUUCACCAAGUGGCCCUUCAUGACCACCCACACCUGGGGCGAGUACCCGCAGGGAACAUGGAUUCUGGAGGUUCGAUUCAACUCAGAUUGCGUCCAGUCCGGCUUCAUCAAGGAAUGGACUCUGAUGCUGCACGGCACCAGGGACCCUCCCUACAGCGACUUGCCUGUGUCCGAUCCUCACUCUAAACUGGCCAUUGUCAAGAAGGCUCAUGAGGAGAGGAGUAAAAUGUAAUCCAACAUACAGCAUGACCAUAAAACAUAAAAUGACAUUCAGUGCCAAAAUACAAAAUAAGAAAAGUUGAAAACGUCUUGGUUUUGCAUAAAUUAAAAACAUUGUAAUGUAAAAUAUGCAAGAAAUAAAAAAAAUAUUCAGUUUAAACUUACAAGCGCCGAACAUUUAAAUAAUUAAUAUUACAACUAAAUAAAAUCAAAACUGGUUUUAAUGCUAUUUAAACUCAUCAAAACUAAUCAUUUUAAAAGUAAUUAAAGCUGUUUUACGAACCCAAUCAUAAUGGAAUGAAGUGAAAAGUUUCCUCAUUGAAAAUAAAACAAGCAUUUCAAGUUGAUGAAAUUUAUUCUAACUUUAAAAAGUCGCUUUUGUCUUUGAUUCUACUCCGAGUAAUAUCACAGAUAUACUACGGUGGAUAGUAUUAGUUUAAACACUAUUAAACGGUAGAAUAAUAAUUAUACAACAUUUAACACAAGUUUAUUCAACAUUUAAAUAUUUACCACAUUCUAAGAGUUAAAUCAUACAUACUAUAUCGACUGAGAACAGCAAGUAAAUAAUACAGAUGGAUUGCACUUGAAGAGCAAGUGAGGCGAGGCUACCGCUAACUCCCCACUUGCUGCAGCCACCGCUCUAUCUUGGGCGGAUUAUUAUCAAACCUCUAUCACUAAACUGGCUCGUAAUAAACAUUCACCUAUAUAAAUUCGACACUAUUAACUAAUAAACCGUAACACAUGCAAAGGUUGGAAAAAACAUUAGCUUUGUAAGCAGUGUGCAAGUGUAGCACACAUUGAAAUAUAUUGUGCUACACUUGCACUAACACACAUUGACAACUAGAAACAUUCUUCUUUCCUGCCACACUUUUACUUAAUUAGCGUACUAUGUUACUAACAACCCACGUAAUAUGUGUUUUGGUAAAUACAAUAAUGUGUUAGCAGUGUUUUAGAGUUUAGUGGAAUCCUUGAUUUUAAAACUUAACAUAGCUAGAGAACUGUAAUAGAGAUUGUUAGGUAACUUUUUAAAUUUAUCUACCUGAAAAAUAAAAUGACAAAAAGAGAUACAUAAUCUACCUUAACAGACAGCAUUUUGUCUGUUGUGACAUGUUUGUCUACCUUUUAUUCAGUCAGAAUGAGAAGUGAAGGUAUUCGUACAAAACAAAACGUUAUUCAUACAUUUACUCUUACUGUUCCAUGAUAGACAAGAUGUUAUUCAUUUAGAGUCAUCAAACAUACGUCAAACUCACUAAUUAUGUUCUAGAUCUUUCUGCAAAAUGCGUUUCUUAGUUUUCAACGGGUUGUUGUCUAAAGAUACGUGGACGUGUUAGGGUAGUUUGUACGUAACUUUAGGGAGAUAUAUUGGCAUAUCACUUGGCAUGAGAGUAGGUUUUGGAAGGCUGUGAUUUCUGUUAACAAAGAUCUCGCUUAAAAUAUAGAGGGUAUAUUUUUAUCAAAAUAUAGGGCGAGUUUUCGAAUAUUUGCGUUACGAAAAAACUAAUGCGGUUUUAUAUUCAAUAUUUUAAAAAGUUAAAAAUAAUUAUGUUAAGUUUUAACUUUUUAAACUAUAGUUUUGAUUUCAGUAACUUUAAAUGACUAUUGAAAAAAAACUGUGAUGAGAUUAAAAAUUACAGAGUCUUAAAGCUCAUAGAUAUUAUUAUAGUUGUGUUUGCAUAAGACGUACAAAAGCAUAGAAAUUGUUGGGAGUGAUCAGAUUACAGUAAUCAUAAACACAAAAAAGAAUGCAAGAGCUUGGCAUGAAAAUUAAAAUACCGAUUUUUGUGUUAAUAUCAAGUUGUGGGGUUCCACAAUAUCAGUCGGGUUUCUUCACACCAACAAUUUAAAAAAUGUUAUUCUUCAAUCAGGUAGCCCCUAUUGAGUGCUUCAGGUAAGUACUUCCAAUUUUCAUCUUGGUGUGCUAAAACAGACAGCUAUUUUAGUUUAUAUAUAUCGUUAAAGAGAAAAAGGGCAAUUUAACAAUUAAUUAUUUCAUUGAAUUAUGUUUUGUACGUUGUUGAAAAUAUUUUAAGUGAGUUUUGUUUUGAUCUAAAUGAAAUGAAUCAUUUCACGUUGAAGUUUUAAAUCAUACAAUUUAGCAUUGACUGUUAUCUUUGACUAUUAAUACAACUGCUGUUAUUCAUUUAUGCUAUGGUAAACAAAAAUUUCAAAAUAGGGCCAAUGAGAAGAAUGGGAAAGGUAUUGAACACAAAUACUUGGACACUUAAGUUUUAUCCAAUUAGAAUUUUAAAUCAUUGAUUUUGUUCCUGGCCCCCGGAGUGAGACGGGUCCGCUGUGGAGAAGCCCGUGUAUUUUGUACCGCAUGUUACAGUAGUGAGUUGUAGCCGCGUAGUUAGACCCGACUCGACGCUGGUCGUCUCCCGACUUUUGUAGGGUCCAAAUUUUUGCACAAUUAUUUACGCAAAUAUUUUUAUACUUAACGACUAUAAUUUGCAAAAGUAAAUUUCAUACAAGUUUACUGUUUAAGCUGCAUUUUUAUAAUUAUUUAUGGUUAUUUUAACUAAGCACAUUGAUAACGCAUAACAUUAAGCGCAGAAAUUAAUGUAUAUAUUUCUGUUGUAUAUAAACUAUUACGAUGCUUUAUCUGUUCACUUGCUUAGUCUAUCUACCUACCCAAAUAGUAGCUAAACUCUUUUAUUUCACUUUACCAUUGUCAUAGGCAGUGUCUUACUAUCCAAAUGAAAACCGAAACCUCGAAUAGUUUUUUGUAUAUAGUCUCCCAAUGUGGUCGUCUAUCUAUAUUUAUGACUUAUGAACAAGUUCAAUUUGCUUUUAUGUUAAUGUAGAGUUAAUUUAAUUUAAGCAACACUAUUUGUAAAAUAGAACAGAUCGUAUAUAAUGGUAAUAAAGUUAUGAAUAUUCUGGUA